AUGUGUUCUAAUAAAAAUACACCUAGAAUCAUGGUAUUUAGACCAACAUGGAAUGAAUUUCAAAAUUUUAGUAGCUAUAUUGAGCUGAUGGAAUCCCAAGGCGCUCAUAAAGCUGGAGUGGCAAAAGUUAUCCCACCUCCUGAAUGGAUACCAAGAAAAAGGAGUUACUAUGAAGAUGAUAUUAUGAAUUUAAAAAUUCCAGCUCCAAUAUGCCAAGUUGUUCAAGGUAAACAAGGACUUUAUCAACAACUUAAUAUACAAAAAAAACCUAUGACAGUAGGAGAUUACAAAUCAAUAGCUGAGUCUGAUGAAUAUAAGACACCUAAUCAUUUUGACUAUGGCGAUCUUGAAAGAAAAUAUUGGAAAAAUAUAAUUUACAAGUCCCCAAUGUAUGGUGCAGAUGUGUCUGGAUCUAUUACUGACAAAGAUGUUGAUGUUUGGAAUAUUAACAAGCUAGGCACAAUAUUAGAUUAUGUGAAUGAAGAUUAUGGUAUCAGCAUUGAAGGUGUCAAUACAGCUUAUCUAUAUUUUGGUAUGUGGAAAACCUCAUUUGCUUGGCAUACUGAAGACAUGGAUUUGUAUAGUAUAAACUAUAUACAUGAAGGAUAUCCGAAGACAUGGUAUGCAAUACCUCCAGAACAUGGUCGCCGUCUAGAAAGAUUGGCUAAUGGCUUUUUUCCAACUGAUGCUUCAACAUGCCCUGCUUUUUUAAGACAUAAAAUGACUGUUAUAUCUCCCCAUAUGUUAAAACAAUAUUCUAUACCAUUUAAUAAAAUAACACAAGAGCGAGGUGAGUUUAUGAUUACUUUCCCUUUUGGAUACCAUGCUGGUUUCAACCAUGGCUUUAAUAUGGCUGAAUCGACAAACUUUGCUUCACCGCGUUGGGUGGAAUAUGGGAAGAGAGCUUCACAGUGUCAUUGUCGUCAAGAUUCAGUGAAGAUUAGUAUGGAUACAUUUGUUAAACGUAUACAACCUGAAAAGUACGAGUUAUGGCUUCAAGGCAAUGAUAUUGGUACACACCCAGAGGAUCCUUCUCGCACUUUAGCAGCACCCUUGCCUAGUAAAUGUGACAUAUUAUGUAACAAAAACAAUACAGGUAUUCCAAAACUUUAUGUUGAAGCUGGUAGAAAACGUCACCCCGUAACACACAAACUUUCAGAUUCUGAAUUGUCUAAUGAUACAACACAUGACAAUACAAGUACAGAUGUACCAUCAUCCACAAAUGUACAAGAGUUAGAUGAAAAGGAAUAUGAAGAUGAACAACUCAAUGAUGAACAGAGAGAAGUAAUGGAAGAUAUAUGGCUAAAAGCUGAUGAAAUGGAUGUCACUGAAGUAUCAUAUAAUAAUGGAAGAUCUAGGCUUUUGAAUAAAAAUCAAUCGGUCUUGGAAGAUAUAGAAUUUACAAGUGAUAGUGAUUAUUGUGAUAGUUCAGAAAAAAAAAGUUCUAAGAAAAGAAAGUCUAAAAAACGAGAAACUAAAAAAAAUCCAAAAUCUAAAAAAAAGAAAAAUUCUAAAUCAACUGAGAAAAAAAUUGUCCCUCCUGAUCAAAAUAUUAACCAAGCAGGUUCAACAACCAUUAGCUUCAAAGAGAGUGAUAAAAGUAUCAAAAAAGUAAUAACUGUAACACCUAUAAAAACUGAAAGUAUCAGUUCUAUGAAUAUUAAUAGAAUUACAGAAGAGUCUCGAGUGAAUAAAUAUCUGAAUAAGAGUAUUAAAGAUUCCACAGUUUUCAACAAUACCUCAAACAAUAAUCGUUUAAUAUCAAAAAAAUGUGACAGCGUUAAUAAAAACACACAUUCAAAUAUAGUUAUAAUAAAACCUUUACCACCAGCUUAUUUGGAAAAGCCUCAAAUAUCAUCUCUUACCAGUUCAAGUACCCACGUUAAUUCAAGAUAUCAAUCUGAUUAUAUACCAAAAGUAUUGUUGAGUCCGACAGUAAAUAUAAUAGAUAUUAGAUCUACACAGAAUUGUCCAACUCUUGAACCUGUACAAAUGAAAGAUGCAGAAGAAUAUGUAAUUGAUGGUAUACCAAAUAAUAUUUGUGAUAUGAUCAAUAAUUGUUGCUCAUUUGAGAUGGAGCAACUAUAUAAUGUAUUUAGAAGUAUGGAUGAUCCAUAUUGUUCAUUGUGUAUGAUUUUUAAUCGUUGUCAUAAGUUAGCUUUCAACGUGGAUUGGCAAACCAGAGCGACCUCUUUCAUGCAUCCAAAGUUACCCGACUUGCAGAAACCUAGCAAAGCUUUAUUCAAACAUGCACUCUGUGGCGGUGACAAAGGUUUUAAGGCAGAUCUCAUAAGAUGUGAAAAAUGUUAUUUGACGGUUCAUAAAGUAUGUUAUGGAAUUAAUGUAGACACAAGUAAACAUUGGUUGUGUGAUCGAUGCAUGAAAAAUAAGAUGCUUGCUACUUGUGUAUACUGUCCAUUAAAAGGCGGAGCUCUUAAAGAAUUUAAAUUCAAUGUAUGGUCACACGCUGAAUGUCAUCUUCUAGUGCAUGGCAGUAGUACAUUGACUAUCAAUACUUUUACAACGGACUUUUCAACUAACCAAAAGUGUGUAAUAUGCAAUUUAACUUGUGGCAGUUGUUUUCGUUGCUCUGAAAGCGAUUGCAAUGCUUGGUUUCAUGUUUCUUGUGGAAUAUUUGCUGGAUUUGAUUAUCAAAUUGACCGAAGAAAUAAGCAUAUUUUAAUCUUUUGCAUAAGUCACUGUCAUAUUCCAGAUAAACAACCGGUUGUUCAUCUAAAUCAAAAAGUAUGGGUCAGGCAACAUAAAAGGAUCAUUGAAUGUCGAAUUGAAAACAUUGAUAAAGGUCCUUCAUGUGUUGUAAAAUUUAGUGAUGGUUCAGUAUCAGACAGUAUUUCAAUACAUGAAAUUAAGAACUGUUCAGUGACAGAACCUCCAGCCAUUAACACAGAAGUACAUUUAGAAUCUGGUGACAAAGGUUUAUUCAUGGGGAUAAUUUAUAAGACCAUAUAUUCAGUUGUAUAUAAUGAUGGCACAUCUGGUUAUCUACACCCUGAGGAUAUAUACAGUGAAGAUGAUCAGGUUAUGGGCCGUUUAAAACUGAAUGCCAAGCGUGGAUUAACUAAAUAUCAGAAAGAAAAAAAAUUAACAUGGUUAAAGAAAUUUAAUAAAUUAUCCAGCAUUUUAGAAAUUGUAAGCCAUUUAUAAUUAAUAUUUUCAACAUUUACAUUAAUUGUCUGGUCUAGUUCAAUAAAUAUUAUAUAUUUUAAAUUAUAUUAUGAUAGUAAUGUUCCUGCAGUCAUGUUCGUCCAAUAAAUUGUAUUUAUUUUAUAUUCAUUUUAAAUUACAACACUUUUAAUAUUAUUGCUGUUUUCAAAAUCACAACAAAGUAUAUGUUUUCAUCAACUUUAUAGUUUUAAGUAAAAUCAAUAGUUUAGUUUGACCAUUAUUUAUGUACAGUAUUGUAACUAUUUUAUUAAAGUUUGUGUUCUAGUUGCAAUAAUUUUUAAUGACUACUCUUAACUGUCUAUGUGUAAAGGUACACACACACUGGAGCGGCGGCGAUAAAAUUCUUUUUUCUUGGCAGUGCCGCCGUGGUGGCAGUAAAUUGUGUCCGGUUUCAUUUUACCGUUACUGCUACCGCUACCGCUGCAGUGUGUGGGGACCUUUAUGUUGCACAAUAAUGUUUCUUUAUAUUUUAAGGUAAAACAAUUUAUUUUUGUUUGAUAAUAUAAUGAGUUUCCAUGUGAUCUCACUAUCUCAGGUGGUAUAUUAUAUGUUUAAAAUUUGUUAGCUAUAUCAAUAUAUUUAUAUUAACAAAUAGUUUAAUUUUAUUUGAGAACUACACUCGACUUAAGCGAUGGCUGGAUCAUUUUUAAUUAUUCUAUUCAUAGACAUUAUAUAUUAUUGAUUUUUAUUUGUAAAUUUGUUUUACU